AAAAAGAACAAACACAUGACAUCAAAAUCCAGUAACCGCAAUACAUAUACUUCUACUUCACCACAGUUUCGGUGAUUAAUCCAAUUGUUUAAUGUUUCCCUUUGAGAUUCAACACACACAGUAGUUAACCUUCAAAUUCCAUGUGAGUAUAUAUGUUUUGAACACUGUAACUAAUUUCCCUUUGAUUUCAAUGAUUCAAUUGAUUAUGUGCCACUAACCCUUUAUAGUUUAUUGAUCUUAUAUUAAGAUAUUUUGAUAAAAAUUUGAUCUUUUCCCCUCCUGCUAUAAACCCUUUAUUUCACCAUGUUGAAUCAUGGAUACAAAUUAAAGCCACGGAGUAGUGCUCACAUUUCCAUGGUUCAAGUACUUAUUAUGUCUUUUACAUUGAUGUUAAUGAUAGUGAUUCUCUUUUUAGUAUUUGAUAAUAUCAAUGAUAAUGUUGAUGUUGAUGUUAAUGUUAAUGUUAAUGAUAAUGAUAAUGAUGGUGUUAAACCAAGUUUCACUUAUGAAUCUCCUAAACAAAAGUGGAAUAGUUUUGACUCUUUGGUGAAAUUGAAUCCAACAAGAGAGUUCCGGAAUGGAACAGAUUUGAUAUGGCAAGUACCUGAAUCACCUAAAGGUGUUAUCUUUCUUGCUCAUGGAUGUAAUGGAAAAGCCAUAAACUUUUGGGACAAAUCCUUUGAAUGUUCUGAUUGUAUUGGUUUGCCUGAAGAAAGGUUGCUUGUACUUCAUGCUCUUGCUCAACGUUUCGCCGUUGUUACUAUUUCGAGUGAACAUAGAUGUUGGACUUAUGGUAAGGAAUUGUUGGUUGUUAAAGAUAUUCUAGAAUGGUGGAUUGGUAAGAGGAGGCUUGGAAAACUUCCUCUUGUUGCUUUAGGUGCUUCAUCUGGAGGGUAUUUUGUAUCUUUGCUUGCGACGGUGAAAAAGUUUAAUAGUAUUGUGCUUAUGAUUGCUGAAGGGAUGUUUGAGGAAAUCGAUAUUAAUGAGGACUACCCUCCUACCCUUUUUGUUCACAUGCCUAAAGAUCUUUAUAGGCAGCAGAAAAUUGAUGAAUAUGUAGAGGUUUUAAAAGAUAAAAGGAUUGAUGUCGGUGUUGUUGAAUGUAUGGAGUUUCCGUUGUCGCCGGGUACUUUAGCUGAUAGGAUUCCAGGUCUUGAUCAGACUCUUUCUAAAAUUUUGUUCGAAAUCUUUAAGGAAAAGGGUUUUGUUGAUCAAAAUGGAUAUAUGAGGAAAGAUGGACGGAAAACAAAAUGGAAAAAGGUUCUUGAGGAGAGGAAAAAUAUCUUGAUUGAUAAGCAUUUGAUCCCUCAUAUUCAGGAGGAGCUAAACCUUGCAUUUGCUUACCAUGAGAUGACAAGUGUGCAUUCCGACCAAAUUUUUAAAUGGAUCGAGUCGCAUAUGCGCUGAUUUCUUUCUGGUUGUAAAAAAUCUAAAGCCAAUGAGACAUGUAUGUCAUGGAAACCACUUGUAUAAUCAGAGGUAGAAUUUCUCACAGUAAAGAAACUUACAUUGGUAACUUUAUCAGAAAUCCAGUGUCAAGGGCUAGAAUUUCUCAACUAUGUAAUACUACCAGAAAAUUUAAAAGGUAUGCCUCUGAAUGUUAUCCUAGAUUUUGUUAAAAUUAAGAUCUUUCUGCCAUUUUUUUCUUUGAGAUUUGAAGCAAUAAUUCUCAGACUUGGUUAUUCUUGUUAAUUUGUAUACCCUGGUUAAUCAUUUGUUAUAUGACUGUAAAAUUAUGAGCCUGACUUGACUACUUGAUUAGUAUUAGCAUGCUCUUAAACAUGUUGUUGACAGCUAUCUUGGUAAAAUAAUAUGGAAAUAUUGUCUUAUAAAUUAUCUUGGUAAAUAUAGCAAUACUACAUGAA